CUGUCGGCACUCGCACGCCCGACCACUUGAGGCUGGAGAGGCAAAUCUCCUCCCGCUGAGGGCGACAGACAGAAGGACCUUCCGCCGCCCCAGGGGUGGUAGCAGCAGCAGCAGCAGCAGCAUUCCCGCCCACUCCUUGCUCGGCCGCCUCUCGCCUCCUGCUCCUCCAGCCGUGGGAAGAGCAGCAGCGCCAUGCUCCGGAAGAGGGGCAGCGGCCGCCGCCAGGACGAGGGCGCUGACUCGGGAGCCGAGACUGGCGGGUCGGAAUACAGCCGUGUGUCAACUUCUAGCAGUGAACUUUCUUUGGAGGAUGUAGAGGACCCUUUCCUUGUCAGCAUACACAUCAUUGCAGAUCCAGGAGAAUCCAGAGCUCUGCAACAAGCCAUUGACAGCCUCUUGGCGUGGAUCCACCCAGACCUUCAGCUUUUCCGGGUCUCAGAAAGACGGAUACCAAGGAAGCCUCGGAAAUCUGGUGGUCAGGCUACAGCUUCCCAGCCAGCCCUUGCGGUCAUUCUCUUUCUGCAAGAAGAAUAUGACGAAGAGCCAAUCCUGCAGCUCCACGAGUCCUUUCGGAGGCCACCCUGGCGUUUCCACCACACGGAGCGUGUGCAUGGCAAUUUCCUCCCUUACAUGCCAGGCAGCCAGGAUUUCUUCACCUUGGCGCAAGGGACUCCUUUGUGGGCCAUCCGCCCAGUGCAUUAUGGGAAGGAAAUAAUACGCUUUACCAUCUACUGCAGGAAUGAGAACUUUGUAGACAUUAUGAGGAUGUAUGAGUUGAUUUUGAAACGACGGGUUUGUCAAAAAAAGGCAGACUUUUGUGUGUUUCCUGUCUAUUCUAAUGUGGAUAUAGAUAUUCAGUUCUCCUUAAAGAGGCUUCCAGGAGGUCAUGUGCCAAGUCCCACAGAAUCAGCUGUGCUGGAAUUCCGAGUGAAAGAUAUUGGGCAGCUUGUCCCUCUCUUGCCCAAUCCCUGCAGCCCUAUUAGUGAAGGCAGAUGGCAAACUGAAGAUCUGGAUGGGAAUAAGAUCCUUUUGCAGCAAACCUGGUAUAAGAAGAGUGUUAAGCAGAACAGGUUUUGCCAGUCAUCCAAAAAACUUCCUGUUGCAUCACUGCCAAGUGCCGUUCCCCAUAGCGGCAGAUCGAUUCCUAACAAAACCAGUAAUCCCUCAAGACCAGUUAAUUCAACCACAUUUCACCUUGCCAGUCAGUGCUUUCGUCUUUCCCACCAAGACUUGAGAAACUACCACCAAGAACACUUUUGCGGAAGAUCCAGCAGUGGCUCAAUCCGCUCAGGUUCAUUCCAGCGAAGCAAGUCUCUUGUCUGCUUGCCCACAAGUUCUCCCCUGGCCUUGGAAUCAUUUCAUUUUAGUGAGCCAAACUCAUUAAGCACUUUCUCUUCUGGGCACAGUACAAGAACCCGAGUGAACAUUGAUGACUUGGAGGGCGUUCAGGAGACUGAUGUAGACACAGGCAUGAAACUUGCUUUCUCUGAUCUGUCUGUGGUUUCAGCUUAUUCAGUUCCUUAUGGUUUCAGUAAGAAUAUGGAAGGAAGGACAAAGUGUGUCACACGGGAGUGGAGUGUUAAUAGAUUUAAGCAGGCUGGCCUUAGAGGAAGAUCCCAUACAGCUAAGUGCAGCAGCCUCUGUGAUUCAUCUUCCAGCUCCCUUCCUUUUCAUUUCCAUUGGUCUUCCGGCUCUUCUGCAUCGCCUUCAGCUUCUCCUUCAGCACCUCAUGUUGAGAUAAAAUGGUUGCCCAGAGGAACAUUUUUUACUUUUGAUGACAGCAGAACUACUGGUGGUGGAAAAACUAAUGAAGAAGAAUUUUACAUCUGAACUGUCUGUUUGUGUGUGUGAGAGAGAGAGCUUUCAGCCCUCAGCUGACCACCCUUGAACUGAUGUGAGAUCAGAAAUACGGCAGUGAUAUUCCCAAAAAAUUUUUGUCCUCUUUGUUCUAUAAUGUAUGUGAAGUUAAAAAAUUUGCUUUUCAUCUCUCUCAAUCAUUUCCUCCCCCCCCCCAUUGCCCUUUCUAAAUUAAAAAGUCUAGAACACCCUGAGAAGAGGGGCUGGCAA